AGUCGUCGGGCCUGUCUUGCCCUUGCCUGCCGCCAAUCUGCGUCAUCUACGUCUGUGUUGUGCAUUGUUGUUGUGGACUCUCUCUCUCUCUCUCUCUCUCUCCCUCCCUGUGUCGUUUCUGUUUCUAUCGACGGUGCCAGUGGCUGCAGUAUGUCCCACGUUCUACGUUUGAUCUGCCUCUGCCAGCUAUACCUUGCACCAAAGUCAAUUCGCCGUCUGCCCGAUCUCUGAGACUAGGCUGGGUGAAUUUAGUUGUCUAGGGUGCUGUCAAGGUAAUAACCCGGGACCCAAGAGAGAAAAGGAAAGAGAAGAAGAAGAAGGCAACCGAUAUGUGAGGAGGGGAAUCUCCGAAGACUCUGAGAAACAUCGUGCCUAUCUAUCUACUUCUUCUGCCCCUGCUAGUAACGGGACAGAUCCCGCGACGAUCCCGACAUGGCGGAUUGUCUCAACGGUGCGUCGCCGUCGAUUAGCGAUGCAGACCUUCUGUACCUCCAGGAUGCGCUGAAGCAGCAUACGGAUGCUGAGAUUCCCGUCCCGCGCGAGUUCCUGGUGCUGGCGGUCGACGAACUGAUCCAGCGGCGACAGACGAUAGCGGCGGUUCCUCCGCAACUGGAGCGGGAAUGCUCUAUGCUGCGGCAGGAGCUGCGCAAGCACACGCAGCUGAACGAGGUGUUCCACAAGGAGCUCGGCGAGAUUGGGGAGAUCAUCACCCAAGUCGCCAAUGGAGACCUGUCACGGCGUGCCCAUAUCCAUCCCUCAGACACUUCCACGGACAUCUCCACCUUCAAGCUUACGAUCAACACGAUGAUGGACCAACUGCAGGUCUUUGCACGAGAAGUAUCAAAAGUUGCGCGGGAAGUGGGCCUGGAGGGAAGCCUAGGGGGCCAGGCGCAGAUCACCGGCGUCAAUGGCAUUUGGAAGGAAAUCACCGAGAACGUCAAUAUCAUGGCGUCGAAUCUGACCCUACAGGUGCGAGAGAUUGCUGCCGUGACCACGGCAGUUGCCCAUGGGGACUUGAGUCAGAAGAUCGAACGGCAGGCCAAGGGAGAAAUCUACCAGUUGCAGCAGACGAUCAAUACAAUGGUCGAUCAACUGCGCGCCUUUGCCGAAGAAGUGAACCGCGUGGCCCGGGAUGUGGGUACCGAGGGCAUCCUCGGCGGCCAAGCCCAAAUCGAAGGCAUCCAGGGCAUCUGGAACGAAUUGACUGUCAACGUGAAUGCCAUGGCCAAUAACCUCACUACCCAGGUCCGGGAUAUCACUACAGUCACCACAGCUGUCGCAAAGGGAGACCUCACCCGCAAGGUGCAGGCAGAUUGCAAAGGGGAGAUACUUGUCCUCAAAACCAUCAUCAAUUCCAUGGUCGAUCAGCUUCGAGAAUUUGCCCAAGAGGUCACCAAGAUUGCCAAGGACGUGGGAACAGAUGGUGUGCUAGGUGGGCAAGCUGUAGUCCAUGGCGUGGAGGGUACCUGGAAGGACCUGACCGACAACGUCAACGGCAUGGCCAUGAACUUGACCACCCAGGUUCGAGAGAUUGCCAACGUGACGACAGCCGUGGCCAAGGGCGAUCUUACCAAAAAAGUAACUGCCGACGUCAAGGGAGAAAUUCUUGACCUAAAAGAUACUAUCAAUGCCAUGGUUGACCGGUUGAACCGGUUUGCGUUCGAGGUGAGCAGAGUGGCCCGUGAGGUGGGCACCGAUGGCACCCUUGGUGGUCAGGCACGCGUGGAGAAUGUCGAAGGCAAAUGGCGAGAUUUGACAGAUAAUGUCAACACCAUGGCCCAAAAUCUUACAUCACAGGUCCGCGGUAUAUCCAACGUGACCCAAGCAAUUGCCCAGGGCAACCUGAGGACCAAAAUCGAGGUCCACGCCCAGGGCGAAAUCCUCACCCUCAAGGAAACAAUCAAUCGGAUGGUUGAUGGGUUAGACAUGUUUGCCAAAGAGCUAAAGCGUGUGGCUCGUGACGUCGGUGUGGAAGGCAAAAUGGGUGGCCAAGCCAACAUGAACGACAUGCGUGGUCUAUGGCGCGAAAUCACCGAAGAUGUUAACAUUAUGGCCGAGAAUUUGACCUCCCAGGUCCGAGCCUUCAGUGAAAUUACCGAUGCAGCCACCAGUGGUGAUUUCAGCAAACUGAUCACGGUGAGCGCAUCAGGCGAAAUGGACGAACUGAAGCAGAAGAUCAACAAAAUGAUCUCCAGUCUGCGUGAUAGCAUCCAGCGCAAUACGGCGGCAAGAGAGGCUGCCGAGUUGGCCAACAGGAGCAAAUCGGAAUUCCUCGCGAACAUGAGCCAUGAGAUUCGCACUCCGAUGAACGGUAUCAUCGGCAUGACACAGCUAGCUCUUGAUACCGAAGAUCUACAACCUUCAGUCCGGGAGACUCUGAACCUAGUCCAUAAUUUGGCCAACAGCCUGUUGACCAUCAUUGAUGAUAUCCUGGACAUCUCAAAGAUCGAGGCCAACCACAUGAUUAUCGAAAACGUACCCUUCAGCAUUGGCGCCACUGUGUUUAGUGUGUUGAAAGCCCUCGCGGUGGAAUCAAAUGAAAAAGUGCUGAGCUUGGUUUAUGAAGUGAAUGGUACGGUGCCAGAUUAUGUGAUUGGUGACUCCUAUCGGUUGCGUCAAGUGAUCCUGAAUCUGGUUGGGAAUGCGAUCAAAUUCACCGAGAACGGGGAGAUUCGCGUCUCGGUCAAGAGAGUAGACUCCAAUAAGUCUUCGCCGGGCGAGUGUGCCUUUGAGUUUGCCGUCUCCGACACGGGCAUUGGAAUCGACCACGACAAGUUAAAUCUCAUUUUCGACAAGUUCCAACAGGCCGAUGGUUCGAUGACACGCCGGUUCGGAGGCACUGGCCUAGGCCUUGCCAUCUCGAAACGCCUCGUGAAUCUCAUGGGCGGAGACAUCCGGGUCACGUCGACCCCCGGUUACGGCAGCCAGUUCUACUUUACUGUCCUGACGAAGCUUGCAGAGCCCUCUCUCGGAGUUAUGGAGCAGGUUGCCCCCUACCGAAACCGCCGUAUCCUCCUCAUCGACAAGGUGCAUAACCAGGAUCAACCAAUGGGCCAGAUGCUGAUUGAUCUGGGCUUGGAGCCACACUUGGUAAGCAGCGAAGGGCAGCUUCUUUCCCACCAAUUCCAGGAUCAAUGGGGCUACAUUUUCGAUGCGAUUCUCGUCGACUCGCUCGAGACGGCGAUGACCCUCAGGGGAAUCAAUGGCUUCCGCUCUAUCCCUCUGGUGUUGGUCUCUCCCGCGGUGACCGUCACUCUCAAGGAUGCUUUGCAUCUGGGCAUCACCUCGUAUGUUACCACCCCAUGCCGCUCGGUCGAUCUGUGGAACGGUCUUCUCCCUGCGCUAGGGAUCCGUCCCACCCGCGUCACGACAGGGCUGUCAAGAUCGCUGGCCGUUCUCCUGGCCGAAGACAACGAGGUUAACCAGAAGGUCGCGGUCCGGAUUCUGAAGAAAUGCAAUCAUAACGUCACAGUGGUCGAUAACGGUCUCCGUGCUUUGAAGGAGAUAAAGAAGAACCGCUACGAUGUUAUCCUGAUGGACGUCCAGAUGCCGGUCAUGGGAGGAUUUGAAGCCACCGCCAAGAUUAGGCAGCAUGAGCUGAGCAGCGGGCUACCGCGAACCCCAAUUGUCGCGCUGACAGCUCAUGCCAUGAUCGGGGACCGUGAGCGAUGCAUCCAGGCAGGCAUGGACGACUAUCUCUCCAAGCCGUUGAACCAGAACCAGAUGAUGCAGAUGAUCACCAAGUGCGCCUCCAUCAACGAGUUUGGUUUGCAGAGCGUCGAACCUGUUGCCGUUGAUUCACCGAUCCUUUGAUUCUACUCUGGUCCCUACAGUUGGCCUUCUUCCUCUUCCUCCCCCCCUCUUUUUUUCUUCUCGGUCUAUUUUCGGGCCUACCAUCUUUUUUUCGUCUUACCACUAUCUCCUUAUAUAUGAAUCAUUUUUCUCUACUCCCGAGGGGGGGGGAGGGCGAUAUCCGGAACAUUAUAUCCAUUUCCCUUUAUCGAGCUUCACUAAGAAGCCAUGCCUUUGUUCCUGUUUUACUACGGGGAAAAAAGAUAUAUCCUGGGGAUUUUAUAUACCCUAUCUUGUAUCAACACUCGAUUGGUUUGCUAUCCACCGUCUAUAAAUGUAUACCAAUCCUCUCUUCUAG